GACUUGUUCCUAAUCUGAGUGACUGAGCCCUCCCUUCUGCUCCUCCCCCUCCUCUCUUCUUCUUCCCCUUCACAAUCAGCUGCCUGAGAGGCUACCAAUCCAUCCACUUCACAACUAUUCUGUCUUACCAGGCUGGGAGGACUUGGCAUGGAGUGCCCUGGCAUGAGGAUUCUUACUAUGAUCAACUAGAAGUGGCAAGGACCCGGGAAGCGCUUUCCAGCACAUCAGCAGAAAGAGCAUUUAAAGGAGAAGGAAGCGAGCUGACACCCACAGAAAGGAACAAACCUUAGCCCUGAUGGGGGAAGUAGGAACAAAGCGCUCAGCACUUGUCUCCAAGCUGCCAAUAUUUAGACGCACUUUAAGCCGUAAACAAGACUCCUUGCCUUCCUCGCCUUCUUCCAACAAUACUGGUGGACUGCACAGUUCCUCACCUUCUAGUACAAAUUCCAGCUCAGGAAGCACCGGAAAACGCAGAAGUAUAUUUCGCACUCCAUCCUUAAGUUUUCAACAUAAAAAAGAGAACGAUAAAAGAUAUGAAUGUAGCCAAGUAACAAAUAGUUCUGAGGCAGCCCAAAAUGCACUGAAGAAUCUUGAUUUGGAGGAGCAGUCUAAGGUCAAAUUAAAGGGUUCAAUAAGUAUUCCUGGCUCAUGUAGAAAGAAAAUUACCAGAUCUUAUACUGAAAACUUUGAAGGGAAGAAAGAACAUUCUCAUAAAAAUGUGUUCACAAACUGCUUAGGUAAAAGUGAAGGAGAUGACUCAGGAUAUAUAGAGGGUCAAACCAGGCGUUCUGUUAAACAUUCCUCAAGGAAACUUCUUCCUAGGUCAUUUUCAUCCCAUUACAGGUUCUCCAAACAUGGAUCUCAGUGUCCCACAGUUUCACCGUCACAAUUAUCAGGAUGUAAAGAAGAAACUUCUACUGAAACAAAUUCUUUAACUGCCAAGAUGUCACAUAGCACCACUGAAGUAACAGAUAAUACAGAACCCUCAUUGCAGUCACACCUUGUAUCAACUGAUCAUACAACAGCUCCACAGACACCAUCUGAUUUCACUUUUAUGGAUGAUACGGCCUCUGAAUCUGAUUCUCUGCCCAACAGUACAAAUCAUCAUUCCAGCAAGCAGCACUUUUGCCAUCCAGUCUCUACCUCACAAAAUUUUGCCAGCCCAAUCCCCAGUACUACAGAAGACAAAAACGAUAAAGACCAAGUAGAAGACUUCUCCCAUAGUGAUGGUUUGUCCCUUACAAAACCCAAAGUUGAGGCAAUUGUGGAAAGAUCUGAGUCACAUUUGUCUCUUAUAGGUUCCAAACCACUGUUACCUAUUUGUGAACUAUCUUCAAGCAAUGCUUACAAUGUCAAAAAUGGUAUCGGGGAGCAACAUAUAGACAAGUCAGUUUUUCAAAAUGGAGAACACUCUUACUCUACGCAAACUUUUCCAAAGAGAUCUGAGCCAGCAGUAUAUCAUCAACGCCAUGCAACUUCAACCAUGCCAAACCAUCAUUCAUUGCAAGGAACAAAUAGAAUUGCAUCUUUCGAGACACAGUCUGCCAUGAUCCAUCAUGGUCAUACUAGAGUUAACUAUGCCAGCAGUUUCAGCCCACAUCGAGAUGGGCGAUAUUCAGAGAGACGUUUGCGUUCUUCCUCAGAGGGCACAGCAGGGGGCAGCAGAAUGGCUUUCAAACCAAAGGAGGGAAGUUCAGAUGAAGGGGGUCAUUUUCGAAAACAGAGAACAAUCUCAACGUCUUCAAAAAUGAAUAGCAUGGAUGUGUUAAAUAAUUUGGGCUCCUGUGAAUUGGAUGAAGAUGAUCUCAUGCUUGACCUGGAGUUUACAGAAGAGCAGCAGCUUCGGCGAGUGUGCAAAGAAGAUUCAUACCAGUCCAUCGCAUCAUGUUCAGCAGUGGUGUUCCCCCAUAUGGAACAAGAAAGCAAAACAAAUAAAUCUAAAGAAGAAGAACCAAAAAUGGCUGAAACUACAAAAAGAAACCUCUUUCUACAUUUGCCAAAAGACAGCGAUCCAGAUGAUACUAAGUGCCCUCGUGUCUGCCAAGUGCCCAGCAGCCCAUCUGUGGAAUGGCCCUAUGCACAGGAAGAUUGCACUGGCUUGGAAUCAUUGCCUUUUAGAUUGAUGAUGCAAGACUGUACAUCUGUAAAGACAUUACUGCUCAAAAUGAAGAGGAUUCUGCAAGAGAGCUCUGAGUUGAGUCCAGCCAGCAGUACAACAUCCCUCCCGAUUAGCCCUAUUGUGGAAAAAAGUCUUCCAUUUAAGGAUAUAAUGAAAGAUGACUGCUCUAUGCUGAAGCUGCAGCUUAAAGAACGAGAUGAACUUAUCCACCAACUGCAAGAAGAGCUGAAAGCUGCUCAAACUUUACAGCCAUUAAAUGUCUUCAAGCAAGAUAAAUAUACCCAGACGGAAUCUUUAAACAAUGAAUUGACUAGCAAUAUCCAGAGGAACAUUGCAAGUACAGAAGCCUCCGUUUACAAAGCUAUCAAACCUGUUCAUUGUUUCCAGCAUUAUCAGUUUAAAACCAACAUCUGGACACAAGACGCUUUACACUAAUGUAUUCAAUUAAGUAUCAUUAAAAUGUAAUAAGCUCUGGUUACAAAACAAUAAUGUAUUCGCAAAUGUUGCUGCUAACUGCAGUUUUGCAUUAUCUGAAAUGAAAAUACUCCUUUUUGACAUUGGUGUACAGAUAUAUUUUCAUUGCAAGGACUUUAAUAACAAAAUAAGUGGGUUUUCUUCCUUCUGGGAGAUACAUUUUGUAUAAUAAUUUAAAAUGCAGAAGGACCAUGCACUUGGACCAGAAGGCAGCACAUUAUUUCAAGAAGCUUUUUUUCACCGACUACAUCAAUGAUGUGCUGUCUUAUCUGAUUUUGUUAAAUUAUUUUCUAAAAUGUUUUGUUUAUUUCU